ACCUGUUCAGGCGAUGUCAUGGAAAGAGCAGGUGUUCUUAAUGUUUAGUAUAAUCAGUGUAUAAGUUGUAUUCUUGAAGAAUCAAUGGGUAUAUAUCAUUAAUUUAGAAGUCCAAAAAUGUAUGUAGCAACUAAGGAUUCUAGCUUUAACUAAAACUGCUAGAAAUAUUUGUAUUAACAUAAUAACAAUGAUAACACAAUUACUAUUGCUUGUGGUAGCUAUGAGCAUCUGAGCACCUCGCCCCCUGAUCUCAACAGCAUCCCUAUUGGCUGAGAUUUGACCCGAGCCACAGUGCCUUAGCCCUUAGCAGGGAGCAAAAUCAAAAUGGCUGAAGAUCACAAAGUCUUGGUAGUAAGARACAUUGGCUUGAGGGAUAUAAAAAGGAAUGAAGGUGGAACACAUCUCAGACUCAUUUAUAUUGUUUCAUUUUAAAUGGUUAGCCUAAGUUGACUGAAAUCCAUCUGCAAGAUUCAGUGCAUUAAGGUAUAUAUUAGUUGAUCAUUGAUAUUCUGGGACCAGAUCUGUGUAGUAGGUGAUUAGUAAAGUAGUUUUACUGUACUUCAAUAGAGAACCUGUAAAGUACUUUGAGACAGAAAGCCUUCCAAAACUGCAUCUUCUUAUUUCUCAGAGGAAAUGAGAGAGUUAUUGGGCCAAUACAUCUCAGACACCCUCAGCUAUGUCUACACGGUGAAGGAAUUCUGUGAUAGGCAUCCAAGGUGGAUCCUGCAGAGAAAGGAGGAACAAUCCAAGAUGAAGAACAUCAAGGAAAUGUCAGACAGAAUCGAUCUUAAAUUCAGCCGAGUCUUGAAUGCAGAAGACAAGACCAAGGCAUUAGGAGAGUUCACGAAAGACUAUCUGACCCAGGUGACUGCAAACCGUAGGCUUAAGGAGCUGGAGAAGGAGCUGGAAGCUGUACUGAAGGACACUCUCAAUGGGCUGGAGGAGCUGGACUGCUUCAUGGAUGCUGUGGAGAGGCUGGUGGUCACCUCUGUGUUUGUAUUUGCUGAUGAAAACCGGUUGUGUCCUCUGCCUCAGGGGAGGGAACAAGCAAGUGUCCGAGCUGUCAUCACCUCCGCUAGAAUGGCCUGUCCUCUCCUCAUCCACUUUAAGAGGGACGCAUCGGCCUUCUUUUCCCCAUGCCUCCUCAAUGUGGAGGUGCUGCACGUAUACUUGGAAAAUUACAUGAACAUCUCUGAGCAGCUGUGUGAGAGAAUGGGAUUGGGAAAAACAAAAACAUUUUGCAGAGAGAAGAAUGACAACUUGAUGAGUGACACCAGCCCUGAAGUGAAUGAAAAGUCCAUGCAGAACAUGUUUAACCAUUUGCGGCAUUUGAGUGAUAUCAGGAUGGACCAGCAMCUCAGACUGACGUUCCUGUUCCAGGAGUCUGCCCUGCGCUUCAUUGGUCUGUUCAGUCAGUGCCACUCCAGAAUGCUGGACUUUAUAAAAGAGCUGGAAAGGAGAGCUGGCAAACUAGAUAAUAUGAAGAAAGGGGGUUAUAUCUCCAGUGUGGUAGGCAGUGCAGUGGGGGCAACAGGAGGGGCUCUGACCAUCGCAGGCCUUUGUCUUGCCCCUGUUACUGCUGGGCUGUCACUGGGGCUCACCAUCGCAGGGAUUGGAAUGGGUGUGACCAGUGGGGUCAACAGUCUAACCACCGGUGUUACAAAGGUGGUGUUUAAAAGCUACCAAAACAAGAAAGCCAAUACAAUCUUUCAAUGUUUCAUGGAGGACAUGCAAAGACUCCAUGGUAGUCUGGAGAAGGUGGCCAGCAACAUUUGCCCUUUGGAGCCGAAGGUGGUGGCAUUAGUGGUUGGGAAGAAUAUAGGCAAAGGUGGUGCGAGUUUAGGAAAGAAGAUCAAUGGCAUAGUAAAAAAUACCUCUGCAAUAGAGGCCUUAAUGGGAAAAGGCGUGGUUAUAGGUGCAGGCAAGGUGGGACUCCAAGAGGGCAAAACAUUUGCUGCAGAUUUACCUGACAUUGGGAUGUUGGCCCAAGGCACUCCACUCGCCCUCUCUAGGACAUUAAGGCGAUGCGCCGUGGCCUCAAAUGCCCUGUUCAUUGGCCUGGACAUCAUCACUAUCUGUAAAGACAGUGUCAGCCUCGCCAAAGGCAGCAAGAGCAAGAGAUCCCAGCUCAUCCGAGCCAGAGCAGCACUGUGGCGCACAGAGAUCGACUCAUGUCAGAGGAUCCAUGACUCACUGUGCCGAGGCAUCUGGAGGUUCAGAAAGAGUCAGAGAAUCCUGGAGAAACCCUUUUACCUUGUGAAGGAGUUUGAAAGUCUAGAGCCGCUUGUGCAGAUGGGACUAAUGGAGCAGCCUGAGGAUGAUAUAGAAACUCUGGUGCAGCCUAUGGAGGAGACGAGACUCCUGGGGCAGCCUAUGGAGGAGACGAGACUCCUGGGGCAGCCUAUGGAGGAGACGAGACUCCUGGGGCAGCCUAUGGAGGAGAUAGAAAAAGGUACAAAAGUCGUUAAAUUGAUUUGCCCUUAAACAUGUCACAUACUGUACACAGCAGAUGUUGAAUGAUAUUAUGUGCAUGUAUCAGCAAAAAUACUCAAGCUUCUAAGUCUUUGAAAUUCACAAAGCGGGCAUUGCCAUUGGUUAAUUAAUUGCUUUUCCAUUAAAAAUCCCUGUCUCUAGGUUUUUGCGACUGGAUGUGGCAUUUCGGCAUGGUGUUGUUGCUGUUGCUGUUAGCAUAUGUAUGGGCUGAGAACAUUUAUAAGUAGAAAUUGAGAAAAUUACGAAGCCAAGACACCUGCCAUUUGGACUGCAUUGUUUCCUGUGCAUCACUUCCUGUACGACCUAAUUGCUUAACAUGUAGAUUUGAAAUGAUUACUGUGCAUGGUUUUAAAGUUACUUGGACUUGAGAAUAGAAGAGAACAUAUUUUUUUCUUAAAUGUAUUUAUGAUUAUUACAAUUUUUAUUCAAACCACCCCUUUAUCUGGGCGGUGUUCAUGUUGUCGAAUAGUCAGAUCUAAAUAUUCUAAAUGUAUUAUAUAGAAGAAACAGGCCUCUCUGACAUGUCAAAUAAUGACUCACUAUCUUUCAGCAACAUUAGUACUUGUACCAACUGAGCGUAGCUGUUCUACGUCAGAUUCUAGAACUUGUCACACUGUACAUUGAUGUAGUGUAACAAUUUAAAAAAGAGUUUCAAAAGAGUUACAUCCACAUUACAUUGUUGUGAAAAUCUAAUAGGCCUACAUAGUUAUUUCAACAUGGUUAUUCUACUUCUGAAUUGUAUAGGCAUAUACUGCCCUCUAGUGUCUUUCAGUGUCUUUUACUCAUGUGACAUGUCUUGCUGUUAUUGAUUGUUACUCACUUCAGUUAAGAUAUGUGCAGAUAAAAGUGCAUUAUUUUCUACUUUAGCAAUGUUUAAAUAUCCAUACAGAGUUGAACUGCAGAACUCCAGAGAUUUUCAGAAACAGUGAUACCCUCACCGCUUAYAGAAGAUUAAUGUAGCCCUACAACUAUUUUGAUUCACAACUUUAUAAUAUGAAAACGGUAAAAUAGCUGCAAUACACCUGCUAUGAUUUAGCAGAUUAACUUGUGCAGAAAUCUAUUAACCAGAUCGAUCUUUUCAAUAUGGUGUCAUUUUCAUAGCCUAAGUGCUUUGUGACAAGGAUCGAUGAGUUGUGCGUCCCAAGAUGCCGUUCUGCACACCACUGCRCCGUUAUUUGCCUGUUUGUGGCCAGCCUGUUAGCUUGCACGAUUCAAGCUGCUUUCGCCCACAGGACUGCCGCUGACUGGAUGUUUUUUGUUUGUCGCACCAUUCUCWGUAAACCCUAGACAUUGUCUUGCGUGAAAAGCAGAGAAGGGCGGCCAUUUCUGAAAUACUCGAUCUGGCGUGCCUGGCACUGACGAUCAUACCACACUCAGUCACUUAGGUCACUUGUUUUACCAUUUCUAACGUUCAAUCAAACAGUAACUGAAUGCCUCAAUGCCUGUCUGUCUGCUUUAUAUAGCAAGCCACRGCCACAUGAGUUACUGUCUGUAGGCACAAUCUUUUUUUUCUUGAACAUCGGUGUACCUAAAAACUGUCCAGUAAGUGUAUGUUACAGGUGUAAUUACAGAGCUGGGUCUAAAAAACUGUCCAGUAAGUGUAUGUUACAGGUGUAAUUACAGAGCUGGUCUAAAAACUGCCAGUAAGUGUAUGUUACAGGUGUAAUUACAGAGCUGGGUCUAAAAAACUGCCAGUAAGUGUAUG